AUGGAAAAAGAAAUUGCGGAUCUCCGCCGUCGGCUUGCCAGUGGAGAGCAUCCUCAGCCUGGGGAGGCUAAUGCCAGUGAUGAGCUGUCUCAGUGUUCGGAGGACGUUUUCUGCUCUCCAGAUGCCACUGUUGGCAUCAAAGGACGGCCAUUGUCGGCUCCAUUGGAGCCCCAACCCAUCGCUUCUCCGCUAACCAUUCAUCGCGAUGCUUCCAUCCUGUCCCAGGACGAUAAUCCGUGGAUAUUAGAGGAUGUCUCGCUAUCACGAGCCCGAGUAGCACGGUUGUUUGACCAGUUUUUCAAAUAUUAUCAUCCCUUUCUUCCUCUUUUGAACCCACAGAAGCCUCCAGACGAAUACAUGCGUCGUUGUCCAUUGCAGGCAUGGACUAUUAUCUGUGUUGCUAGUCGACGAGCACCUUCUGAGCCGGGUCUCCUCAGCGCACUCUCCGGGCCAUUUAGUCGACUGCUCUGGUCCACCAUCACUGGUGUACCACAAGAUUACCGUGUGGUCAAGGCACUCUGCCUCCUUUGCACCUGGCCGUUGCCAACAACCAGUCAACGGACUGAUGCGACAUUUAUGCUCAGCGGACUGAUGAUGCAAAUAUCUAUGCAGUUGGGCCUGCAUCGUCCGGUUCAAGCUGAGGAAUUCACAACCUUCCGCAUGGAAGUACAAGGGGAAGCUGUCAAGGAUCGAUUGCAGACAUGGGUUAUUUGUAACAUUGUAGCUCAAAAUGUCGCUACCGGUUACGGGCAGCCUCCGUCAACUAUCUACGAUUGGGCCUUAGAGCCCGCUUCACUGCGGGACGCCGAUUACCACCCUUCGCAUGAUCUGAUGACUCGACUCAGAAUCGAAAAGUUCUGUGACCGGGUCACAAAAGCAUUGUACAGCAGCAAACCUGACCCGGCUGAGUUUAUCAGCUCGGAGAAGCUGCUGAUUGUCCAGCUUCUGGAAAACGAACUGAGAGAUAUGGAAGUUGACUUUGGCCGGGACAUCUCCAACAUCAACAUGAUCCAUUUGCGAGCGGCUGAACUGCACCUACGGUAUUUCGUUUUCCUGGGCUCUAACGCCCGUAGUGACGACUUGACAAAGUUGUUCAUCGCAACCACUUCCUUCCUUGGACGAGUGCUCGAUCUUGAGACCUCACCCGGCGAGCUUAUCGGCCACGCUCCCAACUACAUCCUACAGAUGAUUGUCUCGGCCGCUUUCGCGCUCAUGAAGCUCCUCAAGAGCGAUUUCCGUCGCCACAUUGACUUUGAACACGGAAAGCUCCUUUUCAACGGCGCCAUCUCGGCCAUCCGCCGCAUUAGCGUCAUGGACCACGACCGUCCUGUCCGCCUGGCCGAUAUCCUGGCACAGAUGUGGAACGCAGGCAGUCCAGAAGAUCCCGCUGGUGGCGAUGCUCUGCAGCUCAAGAUCCGUUGUCGCAUGAGCAUGAGCCACGUUUACGAUACCGUGUGGCGGUGGCGUCAACGGUUCCGCCCGAUGAAGAGCGUGGAGGACACGCAAGCUACCAUGGCCAAUUCCAAUCUGGCCCCCCUCACUGGCCCUCUCGCACGGCCGCAGGACGAUUCCUUGCAGAGCACAAACCUGAUAUACACUCCAAACUUCGAUCAAGGCGCCUUCAUCAGCGAGGCAGGCUUCUCCGAGGUGUUCGAUUCCCUGAAUUGGGUCUUCGAUGGAAUUCCGGACUCCUUUGUGGCGCCACCAAUUCUAUGA